AUGUCCGCACCAAGUACAGUCUGCGAUUUCCAAAAAGAACGCACCACCUUCCUCUCCUGGCUCGAAGACCAAGCCCGACUGAUGAGACACCAACCCAAACCCGACACACUGGCAGUAGUCAAAGCAACCCUCCACAACCAGUCCAUUGAAUACCUCGAUCGACUCAAACAAGCCUCCAUUGUCAUGGCUUGUGAGGCCAAAGACCAUAUCUGCGUGACGGCCAAGCCGGCGCGAUUCUACGAAGUCGAGGUUCCGAAAAUGUGCAAUGCGCUGCAGUUACGUCUGCCACAGCUUGCUUCGAGGCUUGAGGUCAAUCCUAAAUGCGACAUGUGUAUUCAUUUCAUUAUUAUGAAUAUUGUCGUGGAGCCCGGGUUUUAG